GAGGGGGUCCUGCAGUGCUCCACACCUGUUCUGUCCCCUCGGCUGCCAAGAGUUGCCAAAUACGUCCGACCCUCAGAAACCGAAUUUUUGAGCCUCCCGCCGCUUUACAGCCUUUUCGCAUGUAGCUCAACAACCACGCGUCCUAGCACAAAUCUGACACCAGGAGGUGACUCGCCAGGCUCGAUAGUAUUUUUGAAGAUGUCUUGGAGAAGAAAUUGGUCUCCCUCAUUGAGUUGCAGGUGGGUGUGCGGUACUCGACACUUUUCGAGCGCCUCGUGGCUGCCAAGAGUUGCCGAACUAGGAAGUGGAAGUGGUGGUGACAGAGAGGAGGAAAAUGCGACGAUGACGUCCCGUGCCUCAUCCCUUUAUCAACACGACCGCCCACCAUGCAGUAGGCCUUCAAACACGAAGGACCCCGUCACGUCCACAGUCCUUCCGACCAAUAUAGCACUCUCCCGCUCAGCUUCAGCGAAAUCGUCUCCGCCCUCAAACUCACCUGUUCCCUCCACGACUUCAAUCACCAUGAGUCCACCUCCAUCCGAUAGGCGUCUCUCCAUCGGGCCGGAAUGUACAGCUGAAGGCUUCGUCCCCGAUCCGCCUCGAGCUGCGAAGAGACGAAAGCCAAGCAAGGCGAAAUCGACCAGUUUCGCGUAUGGUGGCCUCAACCUCGCUGGCAAAGCUGUACAAGUUGUCGUUGGGGAGGGUGACCACGCUCAGGCACGGACCCUUCCCAAAGCGCUUCUUUGCCACCAAUCCUCAUUCUUCCGAGCCAAAUGCGAUGCCGAAUCCGUAAUACUGCUUCCAGAAUAUGACGCCAGCGCCUUCGAACUCUUCGUCGAGUUUAUUUACACGGGUAGCUUCGCUCAGCGCUCUGGUGCGUGCGCCAGCUGGGACAAGCCGGGCUUGCAAGUAUUGCCAGCUGGAUCAAACGGUGGGGACGACGAGGGCGUGGAACUGGUCGAUAAAACUGGAGUCCAUGCUUGGGUUCUUGGAGACCGCCUGGGCUCUAUUGGGCUCAAGAACUACGUCAUGCGCUUCCUCUUUUACCAUUCAACCACGACGAUUCAGGACCACAGUACAUACAUCGACCCCAAUGCAAUCAUGCACGCGUACGAAAAUACCAAAGAUGGUUCUAAACUACGCCAGUUCUUCCUGGACGCGACGAUGAGAUACUGGGGGGACGGGAACAUCAUUAGGAAGGACCUAAAGGAAUGGGAGGUCUUGCUUGACAAGGAAAAGGAGUUCCGAUACCCGCUAUUCAUGGCACUCGCAGAGGAUUCGGAUUCGCGAAUGGACAAGCACCUCGGGCCCAUGAAGGACUAUUUCGAGUACUACAUGGACGAAGAGGAUGCGACUCCAGCACCCACAGUCAAGACUGAAGCGGACGCCCGUUUGCAGACUGCUGCUUAAGCGUAGGCACGGAGCAUCUAGCUACACGACACGAUACUCAAUCUUCGUAACUACAGACUCUGCGACGACGGUAACAUCUCUUCUCCCGACUUUCGAAAGUUUGCAGACUUCAUCGGGGAUGACAGCCUUAUCCUCUGCAUCUGACGAAGGCAAUAUCAUCUCUUCAUGCAUAUAGCUUCUAUUGAGGAUGAUACGUGGGUAUUUUUUAUUUCCUUCAGGCGUUUGUUUUUAAGGAAAUAUAUCAUAGGAGAAAUUUCUCAUCUAGUGGUUUGCUUUGUUUUCGAAAAGUCAAUACAGGACAUGGUUCAUGGACAGAUAUCUCUCUUGAUCUAACUUUUGGGAACGCGAUACUCAUUGCGGUCUCCUUACUGGUCUGAUGCUCAACUUUCUGCCCAACCUCUUCAUACUUGCUCUGAAG